AUGAGUUCCAUACAAAACAGCUUUCCUGCGGAUAACGACCAAAGACCCUUUAGAUGUGAAAUCUGCUCACGCGGAUUCCAUAGAUUAGAACAUAAAAAAAGGCAUGUAAGAACACAUACUGGUGAGAAGCCCCACAAAUGUUCCUUUCAAAGCUGUCCGAAAAGCUUCAGUAGGGGCGAUGAGCUGAAAAGACAUUUGAGAACUCAUACUAACACUGUCAAAAAACGGUCGCGCAGAUUAAAAUCCAAGGGUUUGCAGAAAAGUGCUGUCGAUGCCGCUACGACCAUCUCUACAACCGUUAAAGAGCAGACUAGGGCUGCAAGUGAAAUAUCACCGGUACUUAUUUCCGUUGCACAGGACUGCGAUGACACGUAUAUACGAAAUUCUGAACAUAAUAACGGCAUUGUAGAAACACAAACACCUGCGAUUUUGGUGCCCAUUAUAGGAAUUCAAACGGAGGCCUACCCGCUUCCGAAUAGCCUCUCCACUACUUCUAUCACCUCCAUUGCAUCAACCUAUCCCUCUACUUCUUCACUCCAGUACUUGCACACUGGGUUUUCUGAAAGCUCUACUACAUCUUUAUCGCAUGCGCCUUCGUUCAGCAGCUCUUUAGCAUUGGAGGAGUUGUCUUCAAGUUCCUCUAUAUUUUCAAAAUCUAGGAAAAAUUUGGCCACUAUGAGUGGUCUUGAUUCAGCGUCCAGUCUUAAAGAUCAAUGGAGUACUUCACUUCUUCCUCAAACGUCACAGAAACUUGCGAGACCACUAUUAACAGCAUUAAGCCCCUUACAAAGAAUUACACCAACCAUAAAGGCAGGAGAAAUUGAGAUUACUAGAACGAUAUCCACGUCGAGCAGUACUGCAUCCCUUGCUUCCGCUACGUAUGAAAAUACCACGACCAAAGAUAUGAGCAUAGGAAUGUUUCUUGAUAGGGCGCCAGUAACACAGGAUGCUUGCAUAAAUGAUCAAACGUACAAGGCGAACGCCGUUACCAGAGGCAGACAACAUGAAAGGGCACAAUUCCAUAUAUCUGGAGAUGAUGAGGAUAGUAAGGUUCAAAAGCAAAAAACAGGAGCCCUUAGCACAAAUGCCAAGGUGUCACUACCUCCCAUAGGGCGCAUCCUACAACAAAUUGAUACUUUCAAUAAUGGUCUCUCUUACUCCCACUAA